AUGUCCCGCGAUUCCUCCGCCACACACCUCCACCUCGCCUCGUCACGAUACGCCGACCUCUUCGAAGAGUUCUGCCGACCACCUUCCAGCGGCAGGAUCUCCGGAGACGUCUACCCCUCGUCCAUCAAUGGCAAAAACCCCCAACAAAACAACAACCCCCCUGGCCCCCUCCACGACGGCAGCAACAUGACGAUCCUCCCGGGCUCAUUCCUCCCAUUUGAAGAAAUCCACCUCCCUCCACAUCUCAUGCCACUGAACCCAGAAGACGAAGACGGGGUUGUGCCGGACAUGCACGCUGCUUUUGGCAUCACCCGGGCACUUGGAGGUGGGGCGAGCGUCGGGAUGCCGGCGGGGAAUGGGAGUGUAGUUGGUGCGGCUGUUGUAGGAGCAGAGGGAAGUGGAAGUGCUGGUGGGGGGGCUGCAGGUGGAGAGUCCAGUCUAGCGGGUGUGCAGCGUGAGCCGGCGUGGAGGGACUUAGGCCUGGGUGGGUUGAUGGCUGACGGGGUGGAAGGGGGACGGAGGGGAAAUGGUGGUGGUAAUGCUGGAACGAGGAGGGAGGGGAGGAGGACGGGGUUGUUGUUCUUGAGGUGA